AUGACGAGCCUGGACGAUUCAGUUAUAUGUCGUCAAAAUCUUAUGCUGUUGGAUAAUAUUACGAAUUACAGUAAGCCGGCAGUAGAUUACUUCCACCAUGAGUUUAAACAAAAUGACCUAGAGAUGCCAGUAACGUGGUCGCUCCUGUUGAAAAUGAGAAAGCACAAGCUGCUACGUUUACCAAAUUGCAGCAUAGAAGACGACAAAGAUUAUAGCAUGUAUUCGGUUAGAUUGCACCACUGUCUGUGGAGGCGCUGGUCUAUAGAACAUUACAAAUUGCAUUCCUUGAAGGUGGAUCCCUUGUCGAUCAACUGGGACAAGGAGAUUGAUAUAACGGUUCUCUAUGGGCCUGAUUUAGCAGGUCAGUACGAAAAUAAAUCGGCUGGAAAAGAAAACCAGAUUGAGUUCCAAAAGACAAACCUUCUGGACGAUGUCAAAAAUGAUACUACGGAGUACCAGGAGGAGGAUGUGUUUGCAAAGUCGUAUGAAUACUCUUCAAGCCUUGAUUCAAAUGCUUCAUCUAUCUUUGAUGAACGUCACGAUAUAUGCACAAAAACGAUUAGCAAUUCAAGUCUUAAGUCUGUGAAAUUCAGUGAAACGGUAAUGAGAAGAGAUAUCGAUAAAAGUGGUGCGUGCCACGAGACAGAAAUAGUGGUUAACGAUGCCAAAAAAGUACUAAGUAGGAAAUGUCGUUUUCCUCGAAAACGCCACCACCACCAUCAUAAUCAUCAUCAUAACAGUAAUUCACAUUCCAUCCAUACCUCUGACGGUUUUCACUAUGAGCGUCCUCUGCAUUUGCUACCCGAUGAUGAUGAUCAAAUGCUAGAGCAAAAUAUCAAGAGUUUAAAUUUAGAUGACGAGACUCCUAGUAAUGUCUUCGAUAAUUGCACAUUUAUCCGCAGUCAAACCGUCAAAUAA